UCGAAACGUACAUCUGGCGGAACGUACAUGAUCAAAUUCAUUGUAUUUUUUUCGCUUUGUUGAAAGUACUUAUUAUACAUUUCGGUGUACUCACGCGCGAUAUAGAUAAGAGAUAAACGGAACAUUAUGAUUCGGAAGAGCACAAUUAAUCGCACGAUAGAAGUUGUGUUCACUUUGUUCGGAAUAUGGCCAAAUAGUAUGUGCACUCCGAUUUGCAGAAUAUUUUGGAUCAUCACAAUAAUAAUUGUUCAAUUUUUACACUAUCGGUAUCUUCAAAUACAUCUCCAUUCCGACGAUCUUUUCAAUUUGAUGGAUUGCCUGAGCAGCUUCCUAGCAUAUAUGAAAGUGAUGACCAAGUUUGUUGUGUUCUGGAUAAAUCAGCGAAAAUUCACUAAAACCUUGGAAAUGAUGACGGAAGACUGGGACAGUUGCGUCAACAACGAGAUGAAUAUGCAUGAGACGAUACGCAAGGCGAAAUUAUCGAAUCGCAUCACCAACGCGAUGAUAAUUCUUCACACGUUAAGCGCCGUUGCGUACAGCACACGCAUCAUUCUGGCCGAUGUCGAUAUUAAUGAUCGCACGUCCAAGCCGCCCUACAUCCACAAAGUGGAAUUUCCCUUCGACGUGAACACACAAAGAACGUAUAAAAUGAUCCUAAUCGUGCAAACUGUGUACGUCGUCAUGUGCAGCUGGGCUGCUGGUGCUGUAAAUGCUUUGCUUUUAACAUUGGUUUUACAUGUAGGCGGACAAAUGGAUAUUCUGCGCGGCUGGCUGAUGAAUUUCGCACCCAAGGAGAGCGGAAAGAAGCACGAAUCAAUUACACCGGAUAAAAUUGUCCAGAAACAUCAAAAGAUUAUUAACUUCUCGAAGAACGUCGAAAAAUUAUAUACGCACAUCGCGUUGCUGCAGUUUGCGUCUAACACGAUAAUGAUUUGCUCACUGGCAUUUCUCAUAGUAAGCGCGAUAGGCACACCCGAUGCGACAGAGCAGAUAAUAAGAUCUCUCCUAUUUUACGCCAUAACGAAUCUGGAAGCGUUUGUAUUCUGCUUCGCUGGAGAAUAUCUAAACAACAAGAGUAAAGCGAUCGGAAACGCAGCGUACAGUACCACAUGGUACAAUUUGAAACCUGAGGACUGUCGUAUCUUAUCAUUUAUAAUAUUAAGAUCGCAAAAGCAACUGACGCUUACCGUUGGAAAAAUGGCGGAUCUCUCUUUAGAAUAUUUUGCAAGUGUAAGAAUUAUGCGCGUACCAACUUUUAACUUACUAAUUUCGCACACUGUUUGCAUAUAUCUACAUAAUAUUUGCUAUAAAAUAUUCACUGUUCUCUUUCUUAGAAUUGGCUCACUUAUGCAUUUUUGUCUGUAACUAAUUUCGAACUUUUGCGAUAUGAUUUAAAGUGCACCUGUUUGCAAUAAUUUUACAUAUUAAUCUGCUAUAAACUGAUAAUUACCUACGUAUAGUGAUAACUUUUACUUUUAAUACAAAGAAUGACGUUGUUGUAGAUCAUGAAUGCUUCUGGAUCGUAUUUGUCGGUGAUGUUAGCGAUGCAAUGAACAUCAACAUCUAUCUCGUCGAUCUUCUCAAUGGAUACUUGUUAAACACACGUCAAAUAAUAUGUAGAUAGAGAAACACACGUUGCAAUGCAAGUUAUUUUCCAAAUAUAUUUCAGGUAAUUUGAAGUGCAUGAUGAGCAAAAUUUUAACUACGACCUGAAACUCCGAAAUAUUAUGUACACAUAGUUGUAGUUAGGCAAAGCAGAUUCGAAGCUCGAUACUUUUCAAAUAAAUAUUUCUUCAGUAUUGACGCUGUUAAA